ACAACGAAACAAAAACAAUAACAAACAAACAAAACAUAACGGAAAUCCGGUUGUCCGAGACAUCAAGCGAUAACACAGAGACGAGUCUUUGCCGCAGAAUCUCGCCAGAGCUUUUCUUUUUUCUUCUUCUUCUUCUUCUUCUUCUUCUUCUUCUUUUUUUCUUCUUUUUCUUCUUCUUUUGCCCGACGCAAUUUUAGCCGUGCAUGAACCCCUCCGACUCGGCUCGCGGGUUCAGGUUCAGGACUAACCGGGCGGCGUUGACGACUGCGUGGAUAUCGUGAGCGUACCUUUUAAACGUGACUCCCAACCCGCGUCCAUCGGGAUGGCGUUAACCAUCUGCACAAGAUUUACCGACGAAUACCAGCUGUUCGAGGAGCUGGGAAAGGGAGCAUUCUCAGUGGUCAGGAGAUGUGUGAAGAUAUCCUCUGGGCAGGAGUAUGCUGCCAAAAUCAUCAACACCAAGAAGCUUUCCGCCAGAGUGCGGCUCCAUGACAGCAUAUCAGAGGAGGGCUUCCAUUACCUGGUGUUUGACUUGGUGACAGGAGGAGAGUUGUUUGAGGACAUUGUAGCCAGGGAGUACUACAGCGAGGCUGACGCCAGCCACUGCAUACAGCAGAUCCUGGAGAGCGUCCAUCACUGCCAUGUCAAUGGAAUAGUUCAUAGGGAUCUGAAGCCUGAGAACCUUCUAUUGGCCAGUAAGCUGAAGGGGGCGGCGGUCAAGUUGGCUGACUUUGGGCUGGCUAUCGAGGUGCAGGGGGACCAGCAGGCAUGGUUUGGCUUUGCCGGCACUCCGGGCUACUUGUCUCCGGAAGUCCUGAGGAAAGACCCGUACGGGAAGCCUGUGGACAUGUGGGCUUGUGGUGUGAUUUUGUACAUCUUACUGGUGGGCUACCCACCUUUCUGGGACGAGGACCAGCAUCGCCUCUACCAGCAAAUCAAGGCAGGGGCCUACGAUUUCCCGUCCCCAGAGUGGGACACAGUAACCCCUGAGGCCAAAGACCUGAUCAACAAGAUGCUGACCAUCAACCCCAGCAAGCGCAUCACUGCCACAGAGGCCCUUAAACACCCCUGGAUCUGUCAACGAUCCACGGUAGCUUCCAUGAUGCACAGGCAGGAGACUGUGGAGUGUCUGAAGAAGUUCAACGCCAGGAGGAAACUCAAGGGAGCCAUAUUGACCACUUUGCUGGUCACAAGAAACUUCUCAGCAGCCAAGAGUUUGCUCAACAAGAAGCCAGAUGGCGUCAAGGUCAACAACAAAGCCAACAUAGUGACCAGUCCCAAAGACACAGGCCCUGCCCCUGCACUGGAACCACAGACUACUGUGAUCCACAACCCAGUGGACGGAAACAAGGAAUCCAUUGAGAGUGCCAAUACCACCAUAGAGGACGAGGAUGUGAAAGCUCGUAAACAAGAAAUUAUCAAAGUCACCGAGCAGCUGAUCGAAUCUAUCAACAAUGGAGACUUUGAGGCCUAUGCGAAGAUUUGUGAUCCUGGGUUGACCUCUUUUGAGCCCGAGGCCCUGGGCAACCUGGUGGAGGGGCACGACUUCCAUCGCUUCUACUUUGAGAACGCUCUGUCUAAAGGGAACAAGCCGGUGCACACCAUCUUGUUGAACCCACACGUGCACCUGAUUGGGGAGAACGCGGCAUGCAUCGCCUACAUUAGGCUGACCCAGUACAUGGACAGCAGCGGCAUGCCCCGCACCAUGCAGUCCGAGGAGACCCGCGUCUGGCACCGCCGCGAUGGCAAGUGGCAGAAUAUUCACUUCCACCGCUCCGGCUCCCCCAGCGUCCCCUCCCAGUAA